AUGGCAGAAGUCGAGCAACCCCUGGAACUGCACGCACGACACAUUGUCUACUGUGGAGAAGCAUUGAAUGCAAACCUCUCCACCCUCUCCAUCACCGCACGCGAAAAAGCAGCCAAAGACGCCGCCAAAAAAGAAGCCAAAGCCCUUCAGGCCGAAACACGAGACGCCGAACGCCUCGCCUCUUCCAAGAUCGUGAUCAAACGCGUGGAACGCAACAAGCGGAAGUACGUGACUGUGGUCAUCGGUCUUGAGCAGUUUGGAUUGGAUUUGAAAAAAGUGGCGAAGGAGUUGGGCAAAAAAUUUGCGACGGGUUCGAGUGUGACCAAGUCGGCGGCGGGGACGGAGGAGAUUACAGUGCAGGGAGAUGUGAGCGAUGAUCUGUUAGAAUGGUUAGUUGAUACACACGGGGACAAGGUGCCGGAGGAUAAUGUGGAGUUGGUGGAGGAUAAGAAGAAGAAGGCUGCUACUUGA